CCCUGUCGUUGUGAGAAUUCUUAAUUCAUGAGUUGUAGGGAGGGACUUAUGUCACCACAAACAGAAACUAAAGCAAGUGUUGGAUUUAAAGCUGGUGUUAAGGAUUAUAAAUUGACUUACUACACCCCGGAGUACGAAACCAAGGAUACUGAUAUCUUGGCAGCAUUCCGAGUAACUCCUCAGCUCGGGGUUCCGCCUGAAGAAGCAGGAGCUGCAGUAGCUGCGGAAUCUUCUACUGGUACAUGGACAACUGUUUGGACUGAUGGACUUACCAGUCUUGAUCGUUACAAAGGACGAUGCUAUCACAUCGAGCCCGUUCCUGGGGACCCAGAUCAAUAUAUCUGUUAUGUAGCUUAUCCAUUAGACCUAUUUGAAGAGGGUUCUGUUACUAACAUGUUUACUUCCAUUGUGGGUAACGUAUUUGGUUUCAAAGCCUUACGCGCUCUACGUUUGGAGGAUCUACGAAUUCCCCCUGCUUAUUCAAAAACUUUCCAAGGUCCGCCUCACGGUAUCCAAGUUGAAAGGGAUAAGUUGAACAAGUACGGUCGUCCUUUAUUGGGAUGUACUAUUAAACCAAAAUUGGGAUUAUCCGCAAAAAAUUACGGUAGAGCGUGUUAUGAGUGUCUACGCGGUGGACUUGAUUUUACCAAAGAUGAUGAAAACGUAAACUCACAACCAUUUAUGCGCUGGAGAGACCGUUUUGUCUUUUGUGCCGAAGCAAUUUAUAAAGCACAAGCCGAAACUGGUGAAAUCAAGGGGCAUUACUUGAAUGCGACUGCAGGUACAUGCGAAGAAAUGAUUAAGAGAGCUGUAUUUGCAAGGGAAUUAGGGGUUCCUAUUGUAAUGCAUGACUACUUAACAGGAGGAUUCACCGCAAAUACUACUUUGUCUCAUUAUUGCCGCGACAACGGCCUACUUCUUCACAUUCACCGAGCAAUGCAUGCAGUUAUUGAUAGACAGAAAAAUCAUGGUAUGCAUUUCCGUGUAUUAGCUAAAGCAUUGCGUAUGUCGGGGGGAGAUCAUAUCCACUCCGGUACAGUAGUAGGUAAGUUAGAAGGGGAACGCGAAAUAACUUUAGGUUUUGUUGAUUUAUUGCGCGAUGAUUUUAUUGAAAAAGAUCGUUCUCGCGGUAUCUUUUUCACUCAGGACUGGGUAUCCAUGCCAGGUGUUAUACCGGUGGCUUCUGGGGGUAUUCAUGUUUGGCAUAUGCCAGCUCUGACCGAAAUCUUUGGAGAUGAUUCCGUAUUACAAUUUGGUGGAGGAACUUUAGGACAUCCUUGGGGAAAUGCACCUGGUGCAGCAGCUAAUCGUGUGGCUUUAGAAGCCUGUGUACAAGCUCGUAACGAAGGGCGCGAUCUUGCUCGUGAAGGUAAUGAAAUUAUCAAAGCAGCUUGCAAAUGGAGUGCUGAACUAGCCGCAGCUUGUGAAAUAUGGAAGGAGAUCAAAUUUGAUGGUUUCAAAGCGAUGGAUACCAUAUAAAAUAAAAAAAAAAGCAAAAUAGAAAGAGAAAAAAUAAGUUAAGAAAUGCAGUAAUUCUUCUUUAUUCCUCUAAUUGAUUGCAAUUCAAUUCGGCUCAAUCUUUUCUAAAAAAAAAAAAGACUGAGCCGAAUUGAAAUAGAUCUUGAUACGAUCAUGAGACUUGACAAAUCGAGAUUCUUCUAUUCUAUAUAUCUAGAAUAUAGAAAGGUAUAAUACAAUAAACAAAUAUAAAUCAAAAUAUAGUAUUAUCGUACGAUAAUGGAAUCAAAUACGCAGUAUUUACAGAAAAGAGUCUUCGUUUAUUGGGAAAGAAUCAAUAUACUUUUAAUGUCGAAUCGGGAUUCACUAAGACAGAAAUAAAGCAUUGGGUCGAACUCUUCUUUGGUGUUAAGGUAGUAGCUGUGAAUAGCCAUCGACUACCCGGAAAGGGUAGAAGAAUGGGACCUAUUCUGGGACAUACAAUGCAUUACAGACGUAUGAUCAUUACCCUUCAACUGGGUAUUCUAUUCCACUUCUACUUUUUAAAUUAAAGGGUAUUCUGAAAGAGGUAUUUCUUUUAUUUUCACAAUAGCUUUCUUUUGAAUCCAAUUUCAAGUUCGAUUAGAAGGAUAGAAAGGCGAUGAGAAUGGGAAAAGAAAAAUAAAAUAUUUUAUUUUAAUGAGUUCCCCUUUUGAGUUCCCCUUUUUUGCAAUUUUCUUAUUAUCAAUUCCAUUCAUUUAUUUUAUAGAAUACUUUUUUAUUCUAUAUCUAUAAAAAAUCUUUAUUUUGUAAACUAAAAAAUACAAUAGUCAAUAUUCCUUAUAAUAGAUAUACUUAAUUAUAUCAUAAGAAUCUUAAGAUAUAUUUCGAAUAGAUAGAAAUAGUAAAUUUGAAUUGAGACACAUAUUCUAUGACAGAUUUUAACUUACCCUCUAUUUUCGUACCUUUAGUAGGCUUAGUAUUUCCGGCAAUUGCAAUGACUUCCUUAUUUCUUUAUGUGCAGAAAAAUAAGAUUGUCUAGAAACGACGGGGCCAAAUUUUCUCAAUGUAUUUCCAGGAUCAUAAUACAGAUAUUUUUUUGUGUAAGUACUAUAAUAUGAUAGGGUAUGUAGCUCUUUCUACACACAAAUGAAAAACGUCUAUGGAUGCAGAUAUAAGCUACGAGCAUAAAUGCAUGCAUAUGCGUAGCCGACUAUAGCGAGUUUUUUUUUUUAAGUGGAUCCACUAAUUUUUUUUGAAUAGAAAGUCAAUGUAUCUAACCAAUUAUUUCACAGGAGUACUAGCUACUGAAGGCUAUUUCAGAAUCAAAAAAAGUAAAGUAAAAAUCAUUUAGCUUAUUCUCUCAAUUUCAAUUGACCGCUACUGGAUUUAGUAUAUCUAAUAUGAAUUGGCGAUCAGAACACAUAUGGAUAGAACUUCUAAAAGGUUCUCGAAAAAGAGGUAAUUUUUUCUGGGCCUGUAUUCUUUUUCUAGGUUCAUUAGGAUUCUUAGCGGUUGGGGCUUCCAGUUAUCUUGGUAAGAAUAUGAUAUCUGUACUUCCAUCUCAACAAAUUCUUUUUUUUCCACAGGGGGUCGUGAUGUCUUUCUACGGAAUCGCGGGCCUAUUCAUUAGCUCCUAUUUGUGGUGCACUAUUUUAUGGAAUGUAGGCAGUGGUUAUGACCGAUUCGAUAGAAAAGAGGGAAUAGUGUGCAUUUUUCGUUGGGGAUUCCCUGGAAUAAAACGUCGCAUCUUCCUUCAAUUCCUUGUGCGGGAUAUCCAAUCAAUUAGAAUUCAGGUUAAAGAGGGUCUUUAUCCUCGUCGUAUCCUUUAUAUGGAAAUCCGGGGCCAGGGGGUCAUUCCCUUGACUCGUACUGAUGAGAAGUUUUUUACUCCACGAGAAAUUGAACAAAAAGCUGCCGAAUUGGCCUAUUUCUUGCGUGUACCAAUUGAAGUAUUUUGAGUACCAAUUGCAAUUUUUUGCAAUUGUAAGGGGAUUUUCGAGUAUUUAUCUAAAGUAAAGGAAGGAACAAACGAGGAUAAGAGAAAAUUGCUUCGAAUUUGUUUUGUCCAAGUGAGAUAUAUGGCAUACUAUUCUUCCAUUUUUAUACGAAAGGCCUUUUUUUAUUUCUCUAUUCCACUCCAUUUAGAUCUAAGAAAGAACCCAAUACAAUGAAAUUCCACUAGUAUACAAAAAGAGAAAUAGAUACAAACACAAGGUCUCAAACCUUGUUAUAGAAUUUUUGCUUCAAAGAAAAGAAAUAUCAUAUAUAUUCAGCUUACAGAUCAAAAAUGAAAAAAAAGAAAGCAUUGCCUUCUUUCUUAUAUCUUGUAUUUAUCGUACUUUUGCCCUGGGGAGUCUCUUUCUCUUUUAACAAAUGUCUGGAACUUUGGAUUAAGAAUUGGUGGAAUACCAGGCAAUCCGAAACUUUCUUAACUGAUAUUCAAGAGAAAAGGAUUCUAGAAGGAUUCAUAGAAUUAGAGGAACUUUUUCUCUUGGACGAAAUGAUAAAAGAGAAACCGAAGACACAUGUACAAAAACUUCCUAUAGGAAUACACAAGGAAAUAAUACAAUUGGCCAAAAUAGAUAAUGAGGAUCAUCUCCAUAUCAUUUUGCAUUUCUCAACAAAUAUAAUCUGUUUGGCUAUUCUAAGUGGUUCUUUUUUUCUGGGUAAAGAAGAACUUGUCAUUUUGAAUUCUUGGGUUCAGGAAUUUUUCUAUAACUUAAAUGAUUCAAUAAAAGCUUUUUUUAUUCUUUUAGUUACUGAUUUUUUUGUUGGAUUUCACUCUACCCGCGGUUGGGAACUACUAAUUCGUUGGGUCUACAACAAUCUUGGAUGGGCUCCUAACGAGCUAAUUUUCACUAUUUUUGUUUGUAGUUUUCCUGUGAUUCUAGACACGUGUUUGAAAUUUUGGGUCUUUUUUUGUUUAAACCGUCUAUCUCCUUCACUUGUAGUCAUUUAUCAUUCAAUUAGUGAAGCAUAAACUCACUCAUUUCAUUUCCUAAUAUUAAUCAAAUUAGCAUAUUUCUUUUCUUCCUUUAGAAAUAGAAAGAAAGCCCUUUUCCUUUUUAACAAAAUUCUUUCUAUUUCUACCUGCUCAAGGUAUUCAUCAUUCUAGUACAACUAUUGCAGUAGAAUGACAACAGACUCGUGUAUAGGGAACUAGAUUAGCUUAGCUACCUAUCUAAUUUAUUGUAGAAAUUCCGGGAUCCGCGAUUGGACAUGGAAAAUAGAAAAACUUUUUCUUGGUUAAAGGAACAGAUGAUUCGAUCGAUUUCUGUAUCGAUCAUGAUAUACGUAAUAACUCGCACAUCUAUUUCAAACGCAUAUCCCAUUUUUGCGCAGCAGGGUUAUGAAAACCCGCGGGAAGCAACUGGACGAAUUGUAUGUGCCAAUUGCCAUUUAGCUAAUAAGCCUGUGGAUAUUGAAGUUCCCCAAGCAGUGCUUCCUGAUACUGUAUUUGAAGCAGUUCUUCGAAUUCCUUAUGAUAUGCAGCUGAAACAAGUUCUUGCUAAUGGUAAAAAGGGAGGGUUGAAUGUGGGUGCUGUUCUUAUUUUGCCCGAGGGAUUCGAAUUAGCGCCGCCCGACCGUAUUUCUCCUGAGUUGAAAGAAAAGAUAGGAAAUCUCUCUUUUCAGAGUUAUCGUCCCAAUAAAAAAAAUAUUCUUGUGAUAGGCCCUGUUCCCGGUAAGAAAUAUAGUGAAAUUGUCUUUCCCAUUCUUUCCCCCGAUCCCGCUACAAAAAAAGACGUUCAUUUCUUAAAAUAUCCCAUAUAUGUAGGGGGAAACCGAGGAAGGGGACAGAUCUAUCCUGACGGUAGCAAGAGUAACAAUACGGUCUAUAAUGCUACGUCAACAGGUAUAGUAAAAAAAAUACUACGUAAAGAAAAGGGGGGAUAUGAAAUAUCCAUAGUGGAUGCAUCGGAUGGACGCCAAGUGAUUGAUAUUAUACCUCCCGGGCCAGAACUUCUUGUUUCAGAGGGGGAAUCAAUCAAGCUUGAUCAACCAUUAACAAGCAAUCCUAAUGUAGGAGGGUUUGGUCAGGGGGAUGCAGAAAUAGUGCUUCAGGAUCCAUUGCGCGUCCAAGGCCUUUUGUUUUUCUUCGCAUCUGUUAUUUUGGCACAAGUUUUUUUGGUUCUCAAAAAGAAACAGUUUGAAAAGGUUCAAUUGUACGAAAUGAAUUUCUAGAUCCUGGGAUUUCUUACCAUCAAGUGAGAAAAAAGCCUCGAUUUCUGGAAUUCCUUAUUUCUAUCUCAUGCAAAAGAAGAGGAUCCAAGGCAAAGACGAGAACAAUAAAAGGAACAAGUCCUUUUAGGAGGAAUUGUGGGUCUUCUUAAUCCUCUAUUGGGCACAAGAAAAAGGCUUUUUUGCCUUUUUCUUGUGUCGAUUCUUCUUGUAUCGAAGUUCGGGCGCGGUAGUGGACAAACAGAGGGAAAGAAGGUAUGGCGGGGGACACAUUUCUUGUGAGCAAAUAGAAUUGCUUUACUUUUUGAAUUAAGUUCAACUUUGAACUUACAGAAAUUUUGUAAAAAAAAAUCUAUACCCUCCCAUGGAAGGGUGGUUUUGAUUUUUAGGCUAGUUGAGUAGUUUUGAUUAAGGUUUUAUUAGUUUAUUACUCUAAACUAAAUCAACGAUUUGCAGGAUACUUCCUUCAUGGAAUAAAAUACUGGAUCCUCUCCCCUCUUUCUUGUUGCUUCAUAAGAGUGAAUCCAUUUUAUGGGCGAAAGGCGGGGGCUUUAAAUCGACCGAUGGAUUGCUUCACUCACUAACAUCAUUAACAAACAAAAGAAUAAAUGGAGGGAUUCCAACCAUCAGAGCAAAGGUUUUCUCUUUGUUAUUUUUACAAAUAGAAAUAGGUAACCAAUUUCUAGAUUAUGGAACAAAACCGCGUUAUAACAAUAAGAAUUCCGCGGGCCCUUUCCGCUCUAAUCAGAUAAAGGGGAGUAAGGACCCGCUAAGUUCCUACUUUUUCAUGUUUACAAUCUGGAUCCUCCGAUUACUAUAGAGAUGAACCCAAUCCAGAAUACGAACCGUAAAAGAAAACACCUAUUAAACCAAUCACAAGAAUACCAGUUACAGUACCUAUCAGCCAAAGAGGAAUUCUUCCAGUAGUAUCGGCCAUUUCCCCUACUUUCCUCCACAUUUUCUCAAGUGGUCAUGCUAGAGACAAAAACAGUCAUGGAUAGUUAUAAAGAUGGUAUCCUUCCAAAUGGGAUAAGAGAAUUCUUACUACUCUCUUUCUUUCUCUCAAUUGAAGAAGUAAUUGGAAAAUAAAACAGCAAGUACAAAAAUGAGUAAUAAACCCCAGUAUAGACUGGUACGAUUCAAUUCAACAUUUUGUUCAUUCGGGUUUGAUUGUGUCAUAGUUCUAUAGUUGGAAUUUGGUUUAUCGUUGGAUGAACUGCAUUGCUGAUAUUGAUCCCAAGAAAAAAACCGUGGGUACAGCUAAUCCGUGAACAGCCAGCCAUCGCACUGUAAAAAUAGGAUAGGUUCGAUCUAUGGUCAUUGGGGGCCUCCUAAAAGGAUCUACUAAAUUCAUCUAGUUGUUCUAAAGAAUCAAAACGGUCGGUUAUUAAUGGAAUUCCUUGUCGGCUUUCCGUGAAAUACUCGUUUGGUCGAGGACUUCCAAACACGUCAUAAGCUAAACCCGUACUGACAAAUAACCAACCCGCAAUGAAUAGGGAAGGUAUAGUAAUGCUAUGAAUAACCCAGUAUCGAAUACUGGUAAUAAUAUCAGCAAAAGAACGUUCUCCCGUGCUUCCAGACAUGCUGAGCUCCCAAAAUUUUUAUUCAAAAAAGGAAUUGAUUCCGUAAAAGAUGGGAUCCACCAGUAAAUAGAAAAUUACUGAUAUUUCAUCCUUGUGAGAUUGUCAAUUUUGUACCAAAGGUGUAUUUUGAGUAUACCGAAUUAGUAUAGCUAUCCUUCCUAUGGCACAGCAAUCCAGUUUUGCUUGGUCCCGAAACAGAAUUCCUUUUUUCUCUUUUUUGUUCCUUGUCUAUAGGAAAAUUACAUGUUAUUCAAGGCAUCAAUAGAACCCCACAAUUUUUUGGGUCCUACUUAUUUUCAUUGUCUUCGGAAUAGUAGAAUAAUUUAAUUUGGAAUAGCGGCCAAGAUCUUGGGAAAAUCUAAGUUAAUGAUUAAUAAGAUAAAGAAUUUAGGAAGGAUAUUCUCAUAUUGACGCAAUACAAAGAUAAGUAUAUGCAAAAUCGAUCCCUUUUUAGUUAAAGGAAUUUAAUUGGUUAGCAUAAAAUAAUAUCUAAUAAAUAGAAAAUCGAAUAGCGGAUAAUCCGUUAUGAAAGAAACGGAAUACAUUCUUUGAAGAAUCAAGAUUCGUAAUCAAUCCUUGUCUUGUUUGUUGGAUUAGGUCUAAUUUUCUUGACCAAACAGCAAGCAUGGAACUUUACAAGAAGAACUUAAAAGAAAAGGAUAAUUGAAGUAACUUUGAAUCCACUUUUGUUGGGGUUCAAAAAACGAAUAAAAAUAAAUAAAAAAAAGUAAAUUUUAGGAAUAGUUCCCUUUUUGAGGGGGCCCCUCGGGGGUCGUGGAAUGCUUUUCUUCUCCUCUUAUUCCAUAUGGAAUACAAUGAGUUAAAAUUUGCUCCAAAAAGAGGAUGAAAUCCAUCCUAUUAAAAAAGAAAUAAUCCGAAUCCGAAAUAGAAAGAAUUUUUUUUUUUUUUUUCAAAUUCAAUUCUUUAUUUAUCUUUUAUUCCAAAAUUCUCCCGAAAAUCCAAUUUCAUUUUUCAAUGGGGUUAGAUGAUCUAGUUCUUAAUAUUAUUAGUUUACUUAACUGACAGAUUCCACAACAAAUCUCUUGAUUCGGAAUUAGGGACUCAUGUUCCGUCUGAUGAAUCGAUUUUCUCUUUUUUUUACACUUCUGUAUCUCACUCUAUCUUGUUUUUUAGUAUUAUCUAAAAUAACCGAUGAAUUAUGAAUUUUCCAUAACUUAAACUUAGGUAAGUGCUUUACCAACAUAUGUAGUGUAGUAAAAAAAAUGGAAUUGAACCCCUUCAUGCUUACUAUAACUAGUUAUUUCGGUUUUCUACUGGCUGCUUUAACUAUAACCCCAGCUCUAUUUAUUAGCUUGAACAAGAUACGUCUUAUUUGAAAUGAAUUGAAUAGAAGAAUCUUUCUUUUGGAUUCUUGGUAUUCUAGACUCUUUUCCACACUAAUUACCAAUUCUUUUCUUGGUCAUUGAGAUUCGUGGGUAGUUUAGACUAUUAUUUAGAGAUAGAUCGUACCUCUUUUUUUAUCCCCUCGAACAAAUCGAAAUGAUUGAAGUUUUUCUAUUUGGAAUCGUCUUAGGCCUAAUUCCUAUUACUUUAGCGGGAUUAUUCGUGACUGCGUAUUUGCAAUACAGGCGUGGGGAUCAGUUGGAUCUUUGAUUGAGUAAUAUUUCUUUUUUGAUUGACCUCCUCUCUGGUCUGGAGGAGGUCAAAUUGGAGUUGCAAUUCUACUUUGUUUUUUUUUAAGUUAUUUUAGUUUCGACAUAAGAUAUAUGGAAUCACGCUCUGUAGGAUUUGAACCUACGACAUCGGGUUUUGGAGACCCGCGUUCUACCAAACUGAACUAAGAGCGCUUUCAAAACAAAAAAAAAAA